AUAUCAAAAUUCUAACCAAGCUGGUCAAUAUUCUUAUUUCUCUAUUGUUCUUAACUUCAACCUGAUAUCGUUUUAAAGAGUAUUUGUACGAAAUAUAAAAAGCGUGUUGCAUGAAAAAAAAAUAUGUAUAUAAAUAAAAAUUCAAGCCUGUUCAAACCCAGAGAACAGCUAUGUGCGUCUUUCCGCUGGAUUAGUUUUUAUUUUUUGUUUUUAACGUGGUGCAGAAAAAUUUUAGCCGCCAACCUUUUGUUUUGACAAGCAAAAAAAAAAGUUGCAAAAGGCAUACAAUGAACACUUUUGAAGAGGUCAUCUAGUAAUACAAGAAAUGCGGCCAAUCAAAGAAAAAAGUUUGUUGAUACUGUCUCAAAAAUGGCAUUGUAUUAAAAAAACUACUUCAGUUUAUUUAGAUAAGUUUCUUUUUGUUUUUAUUCCGUUGUUAUAUUCUUCGGAAAUUUGACGCGAAAAUAACUUUUAACAAGUAGCGAUAUUUACCACAUCGCACCGCCUACUGAAUAGUCACGUGAUAAUAAAUUAUAAAUUAUAUACUUAUUGAUUUAUUUUCUAUCAACCACACGAGUACAUCUUCACAUGAGAAAAGGUUAUUUAAAGAUGUUGUUUUCCACAUUUCAGAUUGUGAUUUAAAAAAUUUAAGAGAAAGUAACAUGGUUACAUCGACUUCGCCUCCUUUCUCCACAUCAGACAAAAUGUUUGUCAAUAAUAACCAAAUGGCUAUCGACCAGCCUUUCAUUUGUGUGGAUGGCUACAUGUUGUCGUGUCAAUACGAUGGAGAGUCGUGCACUCCCGUGUUCGGGAUAGAUAUUGACCAAUUGCUGGCAAGCGUGAAAAGCGACUUGGAAAAUUUCAAUAAAAUGACUCCAUCAAUAUGCAAAACACCGUCAAAAUCAGAUAAGAUUGGCCUGAUAAAAACGUCACCGCGAUCACGACGUCCGUCAAAACCUUUAUUUCAACGUCAAAACAGCAAGGACACAACCGUCAGACGUAAUUUAUUUACCGAUGCUGAACAUUUUUCUGGCGUUUCAUGUCAGACUUUAGAUCAGCCUAUUAGGAACUCGUUUAUACUACCACUCAAAGGUCGACGUACGACAUCAAUAGACGAUGAAAAUGUGUCGGAUAUUUCUGAAAAAAAUAUAAGUAAAAGUCGGAAAGCGGAACUAUCGACACAGGUGAAGUGGGUCGAAGAACACGGUAGUGACUAUAUAAACACGGAGACUGUAUCUAAUUGUUCAGAAUUGCUCAUGUUAUUGAAUAUUUUAAUGAAAUCAACACAUGCUGCUUUGGUGACAGUGAAGGUGAAUACCACCACAGAAAUUGCAGUCACCUAUCAGUUCAUGAAAAAAUUUAAACAAGACUACAUGAUCGUGCGAAUAAAUAAAGGCUGCUGCAUGCUCAUGAAAGCGUUUUGAUUGGUUCAUCGAUACUCUUUGUGGAAUUUAAUUGGUUAAAUUAAUCUUUCAACGCAUUGUUGCCUUCAGAAACGAUGAUCUUUGUUGGUUGAAAAACAAGUAACAAUUAAACACACAAAAAAGGAUAAAAUAACAAAAUAAAGAAAAAGAUGUGAAGAAUGGUAACUUUUUUAUAUUAAAAGUAAUUUUGUUUAAGGAAA